ACGUCACUGACACAGGAAUGGACUGAGAAAACAGUAUCACGAGGAGAAUGUCAAAAAAUUUUCGCGAGGAAAUAACAAUUUAUUCUGAAGAGGAUGAUUUGUAGUAUCCAAGGCGACACCGAGGCAUUGGAGAGGGUUGUACUGCUGACACGCUCAACAGGAUUCAGGAGGAGACUAAUCUCAGUUUCUCUUGUGACUCUGCCUGCGUACGUGAUCGGCACCGGUGUGCAGCCAGAUAAGUCUCCUAAUAGAACGCUGGUGAAAUUGUUGCCAUGGUGAGCUGAGGAGCAGAAGAGCAGAGAGGGCAACGCGUAGCUAAAUGGAGUCGGAGCAGCUGUUCGGCAGCAGCGCCCCCUACAGGAACAGCUACAACAGCAUCACCAGCGCCAGCAGCGACGAGGAGCUGCUGGAUGGAGCGGGCGUGGUCAUGGACUUCCACACCACCGAGGACGACAACCUGUUAGAUGGGGACGCCUCCCCAGGUAGGAUACCUGGCUGGACCGGGCGCAGCUGCGGGUCUAACUACGUCAUGUCGAACGGGGGCAAUGCAGCCAGCAGCUCCACCCACCUCCUGGACCUGCUGGACGAGCCCAUCCCGGGCGUGGGCACCUACGACGACUUCCACACCAUCGACUGGGUCCGCGAGAAGUGCAAGGACCGGGAGCGGCACCGCAAGAUCAACAGCAAGAAGAAGGAGUCGGCGUGGGAGUUCACCAAGAGUCUGUACGAUGCCUGGUCCGGCUGGCUGGUGGUCACGCUCACAGGGCUGGCCUCAGGCGCCCUGGCCGGGCUCAUCGACAUCGCGGCCGAUUGGAUGAACGACCUGAAAGAGGGCGUGUGCCUCAGCGCCAUGUGGUUCAACCACGAGCAGUGCUGCUGGGGGUCCAACGAGACCACCUUCGCCGAGCGGGACAAGUGUCCGCAGUGGAAGACCUGGGCAGAGCUGAUUCUGGGGCAGGCUGAGGGUCCUGGGUCCUACAUAAUGAACUACUUCAUGUACACGUACUGGGCCCUGUCUUUCGCCUUCCUGGCCGUGUGUCUGGUCAAGGUGUUCGCGCCCUACGCCUGUGGCUCCGGGAUCCCUGAGAUCAAGACCAUCCUGAGCGGGUUCAUCAUCCGGGGUUACCUGGGCAAGUGGACGCUGAUGAUAAAGACCAUCACCCUGGUGCUGGCGGUGGCGUCCGGGCUCAGUCUGGGUAAGGAGGGGCCUCUGGUGCACGUGGCCUGCUGCUGCGGCAACAUCUUCUCCUACCUGUUCCCCAAGUACAGCAAGAACGAGGCCAAGAAGAGAGAGGUGCUGUCUGCAGCGUCGGCGGCUGGGGUGUCUGUGGCCUUCGGCGCUCCUAUCGGAGGGGUACUCUUCAGUUUAGAAGAGGUCAGCUACUACUUUCCCCUGAAGACCCUGUGGCGGUCCUUCUUCGCCGCCCUGGUGGCCGCCUUCGUGCUGCGCUCCAUCAACCCGUUCGGGAACAGCCGUCUGGUGCUGUUCUACGUGGAGUACCACACGCCCUGGUACCUGUUCGAGCUGUUCCCCUUCAUCCUGCUGGGCGUGUUCGGGGGCCUGUGGGGCGCCUUCUUCAUCCGCGCCAACAUCGCCUGGUGCCGCCGGCGCAAGUCCACGCGCUUCGGCAAGUACCCCGUGCUGGAGGUCAUCGCCGUGGCCGCGGUCACCGCCAUCGUGGCCUUCCCCAACCCCUACACGCGGCAGAACACCAGCGAGCUCAUCAAGGAGCUGUUCACCGACUGCGGCCCGCUGGAGUCCUCGCAGCUCUGCCAGUACCACAACCAGAUGAACGGCAGCAGGGCGUCCUGGGACGCGCCCGAGCGCCCGGCUGGCCCCGGGGUCUACUCCGCCAUGUGGCAGCUGUGCCUGGCGCUCAUCUUCAAGAUCGUCAUGACCAUCUUCACCUUCGGCCUCAAGGUCCCGUCCGGCCUGUUCAUCCCCAGCAUGGCGAUUGGAGCGAUCGCAGGGCGCAUCGUGGGCAUCGCUGUGGAGCAGCUGGCCUACUACCACCACGACUGGUUCCUCUUCAAGGAGUGGUGUGAGGUGGGGGCCGACUGCAUCACCCCCGGGCUGUACGCCAUGGUGGGGGCCGCAGCCUGCCUGGGAGGGGUGACCCGCAUGACGGUAUCGCUGGUGGUCAUCGUGUUCGAGCUGACGGGCGGUCUGGAGUACAUCGUGCCGCUGAUGGCGGCGGUGAUGACCAGCAAGUGGGUGGGCGACGCGUUCGGGCGCGAGGGCAUCUACGAGGCGCACAUCCGCCUCAACGGCUACCCCUUCCUGGACGCCAAGGAGGAGUUCACGCACACCACGCUGGCGUCGGAGGUGAUGAGGCCGCGGCCCACAGACCCCCCGCUGGCCGUCCUCACGCAGGACGACCUGACCGUGGAGGACCUGCAGGCCGUCAUCAACGACACCAGCUACAACGGCUUCCCCGUCAUCGUCUCCAAGGAGUCCCAGCGCCUGGUGGGCUUCGCCCUGCGCCGCGACAUCACCAUCGCCAUCGAGAACGCGCGGCGUAAGCAGGAGGGCAUCAUGCGUAAUUCGCGGGUGUACUUCACCCAGCAUGCGCCCACCCUCCCGGCCGACAGCCCCCGCCCGCUCAAGCUCCGCAGCAUCCUGGACAUGAGCCCCUUCACCGUCACCGACCACACGCCCAUGGAGAUCGUGGUGGACAUCUUCCGCAAGCUGGGCCUCCGCCAGUGCCUGGUCACUCACAACGGGAUUGUGUUGGGAAUCAUCACUAAGAAGAAUAUAUUAGAGCAUCUGGAGGACUUAAAGCAGCGCGUGGAGCCGCUGGCGUCUCCUUGGUAUUAUCACAAAAAAAGAUAUCCUGCGUCAUAUGGCCCAGAUGGCAAACCUCGAUCCCGAGUCAAUAAUGUUCAACUGAUCCCCGCCUUCCGGGGGGGCGGCGAGGAGAGCGAGGAGGAGGUGCACCUGCUGAACGGAGACGCUCUCUGACCCCGGGCUCCGACCCCCAACACUAAACACCGGACACCCCCUGUAGAGGCCCCCUAGAGCAGGGAGAGUCGCCGCGCCGUCGACCGCAGAGGCGAGAGACGGACAGACGGAAGGGUGCCUCCACCCUUUAUUCCCCCCACCCCAACCACAACCCCAACCCCACCCCACCCCACCCGCCCACCACACUCUGCUCCUCCACCCUCCGCCAUGGACUGAGUGGACUGAACGUGCAAGACUGCCGGGAACAACAGCGCAGCGGGGUGAAAGGUCUACCUGCUCGGAGGCCCUGAGCCAUCUUUAUAAAAGACUGGAGGGAGCUCAGCCCCCCACCCAAUCCCCCCCCCCCUCCACACAGGAAAAAAAAAAAAAACGACAUUGUUUACCUACAAAUCCCAUCUCACAAAGCAUCUACAUUCCAUUCCAGGUCACCAUAGAAACCCUGGGACACUUCCCCCCCCUCCCCUCCCCUCUUCUCAGCAUUCAAAGCGGCCCUUUCUCAUCUUGAGAUGCUGUUCACGGAGAUCAAAAAGGAAGAGCGCUUUGAAAUAUGUGUGUGCGUGUGCACGUGUAUGUGUGUGCACGUGUGUGUGUGUGUGCGCGCGCGUGUGUGUGAGUGCGUGUAAAUGCAGAAGUGUUUGCACCUAUUUGUUGUAACUUAGAUGAAGGAACAAAAUAAUUCUAGUAAAAUGUAAAAAAAAAAAAGAAAACGUUAAUGUACAGGAGUUGAGCUGGUACUGUGUGUGUGUGUGUGUGUGUGUGGGGGGGGGGGGCUGGAGGUGCCCUUGUUCUGAGCCAGGUCAUGUGACUGCUGCAAUGAGGACAGGUGCUACUCCUGCAGUGAAGGGGUGCAUCUCGGGGCUGUGUGCAAGUCAUGGUUAAAUUCUUCUGUGUACCCUCAUUUUCUUUUUAAGCUACUUCUAUUGCUACUACUGCAUUUACAGGUAUUUGUGUGUGUGUGUGUGUGCGUGCGUGCGCGCGCCUGUGUGUGUGUAAACGUGUGUAUGUAUAAUAUACACACAUACACACAUGUAUAUACGCGAGUGAGCACCUGUUCUUGCUGCACAUUGAAAACAGAGCAGACUGGAAUACAGAGAGAUGUGCAGGUGGAUGCAUGAUGAUGAAUUGAUGAGGUGGAGGAGAUAGGUGGAAGGAUGGGUUGGGAUGGGAGGGUGAUGCUGCUUCAAGGGAAUACUGGAAUAACUUAUUUUUGUAGUUUUUUUUUCUUUUUUCUUCUUCAUUCUCCCCUGAGGUUUCAGGGAUGGUGGGAACCGUGCGUGUGUGCUUGUGCUUGUCCCAGCCGAGGCCUGACUUUUUGGAGCCGCCCCUCUUCCACACCCGUUUCUCCCGCUGUCCAGAAAACCACGACGGCAAACAUCCUCAGUUUGUCUUUAAGUUGCUUGAAACAUUAACAUUUUUAUUAUAGGACACCCCCCCCCCCCCCUCCCACCCUUCCCCGGCCGGCACGUUUCGGAAGGAAAUGAAGGAAAGCGACAGAUUAAUAACAUCCGCAACUGUAGUCCAAUGGCCAGCGAGGUGGGCUCAGAUCAGAUCUGUUCUGAGGACAGGGAAAGCCUCAGUGUGGACACCUUAUGUUCAGAUGGUGGACAGACCACCACAGUUAAAUCUGCUCUUGGCUUUAUAUACUGCCUCCUGGCUUCCCACAGCUGGCAGUAUUUCUGCUGGCCAACCGACGAGUCCUUCGACCCCCCCGUCCCCCCCUCCUCCCCUCCUCCCUCACUUUUGUUUCCAUGGCAACCUUAGCAUAGCACCUUACCUGCUAACGAAAGGUAGCGUGUGCGCGGUGGGUGUUGUUCUGCGUUCUUCCUUUACCAGUGACCGUGUUCUGCUGUCGGUUAAUGAAGAAUGCAUCGUCUUUGUUAACCCGUGGUGUUGCCUAACACUGUAAUUAAUACUGAUCUUGAUGUUUUUUCCUUUUUUUUUUAUUUAUAUUAAGUGUUAGAGCUGUACAUUAUGAAGAAUUUUCCGUAUGAUUAUAUUGAUGGUUUGACUGUACAUUUAAAACAAACACGAUGUAAAAUUAAAUUUUUUGUUUUAAAUUAAA